AUGGCCCUCGAAAUAAGAGAUCGCGAUUAUGUAUACAAACUGAUUAUUGGGUAAGGAUAAUAUAAAAUUUCUCUGAUUUUUAGGCAAUUAUUCUAUGACGGACAUCAAUCCUUGGCGGUAAAUCUUGCUCAAGCCAUUGGAGUGGCGAAUCAGCUGCCUCCGCCUUCUGAUAAACUAUUCCGAGUUGUUUCUGUGGCCAAGCAAUUUGUGGACAAUCCGGAUUCUGGAGAUGGAGAAAACAAAAAUAAAAUCAAAGUGAGCAACAUAGUUUUUCUUUUUUGUUUGUUUUUAGGUUUCUCUUAAGGUCGUGAGAGCCUUUGUUAGCGAGGUUGCGUCGUUUAUGCUGCCAGAUCGGCCGUCUACAUUAUUUUUUCUGUGGUUAAUAUAAAAUUAACUCUUCUCCUUUAGUAUGAAUACGAAACAAUGGGUCUGGACCUCGAGUAUGAUGCCGAUGUUGUUCCCACAGCUCCAGAACCUUCAAACUACGAGACGAUCUACGUUACAGCUCACAAAGGAGCUUGUCGAGCUGCUGCCUUUAGUAAUGAUGGAUCUUUAUUUGCUACCGGAUCAGAAGAUUCUUCCAUUAAGAUCUUGGAUGUGGAGAAGAUUAUGGGAAGAAACGAGCAGGAUAUAGCCGAAGGGGCCUCCGAUGCCCAUCAUCCAGUCAUUAGGACUUUGUAUGAUCACAUUGCUGAUGUAAAUGCAGUUUCUUUUCACCCAAGAGAACAGAUAUUAGUCAGUGGAAGUAGGGAUCUGACAAUUAAAAUAUUCGAUUAUUCAAAAACGGCUGUUAAAAGGGCUAUGAAAACUAUUCUGGUGAGUUAUUACUAUAUUAUACUUGGCAAAUCGUAUUUUUUUGUAAAUUGGCAGUAAAAUAUUGUGAUUUUUUGAUUUCCUGAAGACAAUUUAAUUACUUCAGGAGACAUAUCCGAUCACCUCGUUAUCAUUUCACCCGUCUGGAGAGUAUCUUUUGGCUGGAACUGUCCAUCCAACCUUGAGGCUAUAUAACUUUGAAACUCAACAAUGCUUUGUCUCAUCGAUGCCUAGAGAUCAACAUGUUGGAUCUAUAGCUGAUGUGAGUUGAAUAAUUGAGGGUUAAAAUUAAAAAAAAAAAUUUAUUCGUAAUUGGUGCAAUAUAAUUUUUUUAUCAUUUUAGGUUCAUUACAGCGAUAAUGCCAAGUUGUUUGUAACCGCUUCGCGAGACGGGGACGUGAAGAUCUGGGAUGGAGUAUCGAAUAGAUGUGUGGAGACAUUCCAACGAGCUCAUGAUGGGGCUGAAGUUUGUUCAGCAAGAUUCACAAAAAACGCGAAAUAUAUUCUUACGGCGGGGAUGGACUCAACAUGUAAAUUGUGGGAACUCUCAACCAAUCGAUGUCUUAUCGCUUAUACUGGAGCUGGAUCAACAGGGCCUCAGGAAUUUCCACAGAAAGCGGACUUUAAUCAUAAUGAAGAUUAUGUGAUGUUUCCGGAUGAAAAGAGUGGAAGCAUGUGUGCCUGGGAGAGCAGAAGUGGAGAUAGACAACGAUUACUGGCUUUGGGUAAGUUGGUUGCAUUGUUUGUUUUAUUAGUCUAUGCUUUUAUGAAAUAUUUUUUGUAUUAUACUUUCCUUUGCAGGACACACCGCUCCUUGCCGCGUGUUCACCCACUCCCCAACCAUGGCCGCAUUCGUCACCGGCUCCGACGACUUCCGGGCUCGCUUCUGGGUGAAGAAAUCACAAACUCAUUAA